AUGGCAACCGAUCCCCAGCAGUUUAUGAGAACAUCGGGAAAGAAUGACCCGGUAUGGAUUCACACCGAGCCAUACUCCAAGAGACCGCAAUUUCCAUCGCUGGACAAAGAUCUGGAAACAGAUGUCUGUGUCAUCGGGUCCGGCAUCGCGGGCAUUUCGGUUUCGGAGCAGCUUGUACGAAGGGGGUUGAACGUGGUGAUGGUGGAAGCUCGAGACAUCUUAUCGGGAGAAACCGGCCGUACCUCAGGCCAUCUAUCGUCCGAUCUCGACGACGGAUAUCCCGAGAUAGCAAAACUCUUCGGCGAUGAGGGCGCCAAAGCGGCCGCCGAAUCGCACGACUGGGCACUGAAGCACGUUGGCAACAUUGCGUCGCAAUUGGGCAUCGACUGCGAGUACCGGCAACUCAAGGCAUAUGACGUAUCUCAAUAUGCGAAGGGCAGCAAGGAGCACGACAAUGACAUCAACCAGAUGCGAGAGGAGGCCGAUGGAGCUAGACGAGCAGGCCUCGAUGCGAAGUGGGUCGACAACCUGACCAUCAAGGGCUGGGACGGCAAGCCCGACCAGCGCGACGGCUAUGUGGUCGACACACAGGCGACGUUCCACCCAACGAAAUACCUACUCGGCGUGCUGAAGUGGCUGAAAGAGCAGGCGAACUUCCAGUGCUACACUCACACGCGCGUGACUUCGUGCUCUGAGAGCGGCGUUACGGUCCCGGUGGUCGACGUGCACCUGGGUGCUAAGAACGUGAAGGUGUCGACCAUGAACGGCCAUACCAUCACGUGUAGCCACGCCGUGCAAGCGACGUGUAUACCGCUGCAGAAGCUGAGUGUGGUGGCGGAGUUGGAAUACUACCGCACGUACUGCAUCGCGAUCCGGAUCCCCAAGAACUCGUAUGAGGAUUGCCUCAUCUACGACUCUGCAGAAGCAUACAAAUACGUACGCUUCACCGCCUGCGACGCCGACUCGGACUACAUGGUCGUUGGUGGAUGCGAUCACAAAGUCGGGCAGGAGGCGGAGUGGGACCAGCGCUACCAGGAGCUCGAGACCUGGGCGCGCGAGCGCUUCACACAGGUCGGUAGCGUCGACUACAAAUGGUCGGGCCAGAUCUUUGAGCCGAAGGAUAUGAUGGCGUUCAUCGGCAAGAAUUCCGGGAACGACAGGGUCUACAUCGUGACGGGUGACUCUGGCAACGGGCUGACGCACGGAGUGCUCGCGGGCCGCUUGAUCGCAGAUGAGAUCCAGGGGAUCGAGAACCCAUGGGCGAGGUUCUACGAUCCGAAGCGGAAAGCAACGCUUCUGAAGAAAAUGCCUAGCAUCAUUCAGCAUGAUGUCCAAAUCAACGCGCAGUAUAAGCGUUUCCUGCAGUCAGACAUCACAGACGUCGAGGAUCUGGGCAAGGGUCAGGGCGGGGUCUUGAACCCGACCGGUGGAAAGCCGCAGGCUGUAUACAAGGAUGAAAAUGGGAAGGUUCAUCGGAUGAGUGCGCUGUGUCCGCAUUUGAAGGGCGUGGUGUGUUGGAAUAACGACGAGAAGUCUUGGGACUGCCCUAUCCAUGGAAGCCGCUUCAGCGCUGAGGGCAUUCAGCUCAUUGGCCCUGCGAAAGGGGGCCUAGAGCCGUUUGAUGACAACACUAAGCAGCGACAGGAGAUUGCCAUUGAGUCCUGA